CACUUGUUGCUCCGCGCGCACAGAGUACCGGAGCCUGGAUCCCGCUGCUCCGAGAGCGCGCGCGCUCGCCGUCCGCUGUGUCGCGAGCUGCGACGAUGAAUUCCAUGGAGGCGCAGCUACAGCACACGGCGCCCACGCACCCCCACCAUCACCAUCAUCACCCCGCCCACCCGGCCGCACUGCAGCCGCUGCCCAAGAGCGCGCACGAGCCGUCGGACGUGGCUGCGUACUGCGACGGCUUCUCCUACCACCAGCAGGGCGUGGCGCCCUACGGUCUGAGCGAGUACGCGCCCGCCGCGAGCCCCUACCUGUGGCUCAACGGGCCCACUGCCACUCCGCCGCCGCCCCCCUCUGCCUCCUCGUACCUGCACGCGGGAGGAGGACCGGGCCCCCCCGCGCCUCUCGUGCCUUCAUACGGCGCGCAGAGGCCGUACUUGAGCGGCGCUCCUGACCUGGGCUGGCUGUCCGUAGCGAGUCAAGAGGAGCUGCUGAAGCUCGUGCGCCCCCCCUACUCCUACUCUGCGCUCAUCGCCAUGGCCAUCCAGAGCGCGCGCGAGAAGCGUCUCACGCUCAGCCAGAUCUACCAGUACGUGGCGGACAAUUUCCCCUUCUAUAAGAGGAGCAAGGCGGGCUGGCAGAACUCCAUCAGACACAACCUGUCACUCAACGACUGCUUCAAGAAGGUGCCGCGCGACGAAGACGACCCAGGAAAGGGAAAUUACUGGACUUUGGACCCCAACUGCGAAAAAAUGUUUGACAACGGAAACUUCCGGAGAAAGCGCAAGCGCAGGUCGGACCCCAGUGGGGGCUCUAAGGCUGAUGAGGGUCGCCCUGUAGCGGCUCUCAGCGGCUCCUUGUCUCCCUCUCUACCUGCCCCCUCUCCCCCUGAAGCGGACGCGGCCGGCGAGGCUCCCCGCGGACCCUCGGCGCCCUGCCUGGCCGGGUUCUUCAGCACUGUAGCCGGACUGACCUCCUCCUCCUCGUCCUCCGCCUCUGCGGUCAGACACGGGUCUCUCGGACUCCUCAGCGAGCUCUCCAGCCGCAACAUCGGCGCCUACCAGCACGAGCACGCGCCCGCUGCAGAGCAGCACGAGAGCGCGCACGCGGCCAGAGGCCCGCACCACGGCGCGUUCACGACAGGAGCGCAGAGCGCGGGACACUUUAGCGGACAUUUCUACAACGGCUUCAGCGUGAACAGUCUGAUCUACCCGCGCGAGGGCACGGAGUUAUGAUACCUCACCCAUUCAUACCGGACACAUGAGGGGGCGCGCUGAGGAAGGCAGAGCCUAAACUGUCACUAUACUAUCAGGGCAAAAGACCCCAAAACACUCUUAAAAAUAAAGCGUCCCAAAGGGUUCUUGGGUUGGAUGUAUACGGUUAAUUAAACAUUUCAUAGGUUCUGAACAGAAAUUAAACUAAAUUAACUGAAGUGUUCUUUAUUCAAACAAGUGGCAUUAUACCAAAUAACCCUUCUUUACGGUCACGUUAUUUUUAAGAGUGAACCAGACAAACACACAGACAUGUGUAAUGAGACGGGUGUAUCACUAAAAUGCGCAUUUUAUUUAUUUAAUUUAAAUGUGUUCAUUUGUCAAACGUGAAUAAAACAGAUCACAUCAAUUCCUAAAUCGAGGUACUUUAGCAAUGUGAUACAUUUUAUUAAUGUGGAACUGAUGUACACAUUUAUAUUAAACAAUUAAUUAAUGAAACCAUUUUCAGCGCAAGCUGAAGUGGGAAUCAUCUACUGCAGAGCAAAGUAUUUUUUAUUAUUUUAAAUAGCCUACACUGUACCACUAACUGUUGUCAUGGACUACCCACUGCCCUGCACGUUAGACUGUUCCUGCUCUAAUACAACUAAUUAAUCAACAAAUCAAGUGUGUGUGUAAUAGAUCAGUAAAACAGUGAAAUGUGCAGGACAAGGUUACUCCACACACUCAGAAAUACAGAAACAUGUUUGUAAGAGAAAUUUAAAAAUGAGUGUGAACAUACAUCUCCAUCAUUAACCAUUUAAAGCGCCUUUGUUCUAAGAGCUCUUAGCCACUGAUGAUCAAAAAUAACAAAAAAAAAAAAAAAAACAGUGAUGGUGUUGAAUGUGGAUUGACCCACCUCAGACCCCCUCUUUACAUGUCCACUCUGUGUUUAUUGUGCGUUUUUUGUUUGUAAAUUAUAUGCAAGUAUUUUAAAAGUAUUUAUGUUAAAUUAUGUAUUUUUGCAGUCAGUUUUAGAGGAGAAAGUUAUAUUUUCUAUUGGGAUCAUGCGAAUGAGUAAGUUAUGAAGAGAAAAAAACUAUUUCUUCGCACACUAUUAAAAAUAAAGUUCCUCAAAUGGUUCUUGGCUCAGACAUAUGGCACUAGAAAACAACCAAAGGUGGAUCUUCUAUGUAUCACUCUAAAUAAUUGUUUCUGGCACCUUUAUUUUUUAUAGUGUGAGAUAGUAAGUGCCACUGCAAUUCAGUUUACCUUCAGCUUCAGGUGGAUCCUGAUGUUUCACGUGUUAAAGUGCAAAGAACUGAACCCUGUUUGAAGGGGAUUACAACUUCAAAAUGUCUUCUUUUAAUCUUCAAAUGUCUUGUAUCAUUUUCUUGUCAUGUUUAUUUGCAUAGUUUUCUCUGCCUUUGUAGAAUCUUUUGUACUUUUUUAUGAACAUAGAGUUUUUAAAAAUUCUAAGCUGCAGUUCUUACAUGUUUUUACAUGUUUUUAUUUUCUCAUUUCAGCUAAAAAAUCUUUAACAUACAGUCUUUCUAUGCAUAAUCAUCCCAAAUACAGAAACAUGUUUUUUAAAUAAAUAAGUGAGAGUAUCACAUUUGAGUUUUAUUUAACCGGAUCAGUAUUUUUAUUUGGGAAAGGGGUAUAAGGAAGAAUGCUGCACAUUAUAUUGGAGUGAAAGCUUUAAUACUUUAAUACAGAUAUAGAUUAGAUACUUACAGAUGGGCUUUGUGUACAUAAUGAGGGCUGUCUUCACAGGUGCCUUUAAACAAAAUAUUGAAUUCAAACUUCAUUUUAAAGUAGAUUAUAAAGAAGCUGUGGUUCAGCAAUUAUAAACCAGAGUUUUAAAGAGUGUUUUUCACUUCCUUUAUACUUUCUGGUUACACCCGGUACAAAUAGUUGCUAUAAUAAUUACAUAGAUUAACUCAUAAAUAGCUUUAACAACAAUUCAUUAUUUUAGUGUUUAAUUCAUUUAUUAACCUGACCACCCUUUUGUCUUGGAUUAAAGUUUGGGAAAAUUUGGAACUAAAGAAUGGACCAAUAGAAAUGCCCCAAAAUCUACAAUGACUUCUAUUGUAAGUUAAAAUGAAUCAUUCAUUCUCUGUAAAGUUACCAUUUAGAAACUAUAAUAUUGGACUUUAAUAAGUAGAUAGAUUGACUAAUUGUCAAAUAGAUAGACAGACAAAUACAUAUGUAUGUAUACAGAUGUACUUUAUUGAUCCCUGAGGGAAAAUCUCUUUUGUACUUUAACAUCAAAUAAAAUGAAUAAAGUCAGAUACCAGAUAA